GAUGUUCAAAAUGGAGUCGGCUUCGUGACAGCGAGGCAUUGCAACGUGGCCGGAUGAUUAAAACCCAGAUAAUUGCGUGGUGUUUUUCGAUUUAGAACAUUUGUGUGCAUUUCCAGGAUCAUUGACAUCAAGGUGCCCAUUUCACGUUAAAUUCUUUAGAACAGGAUGUCAGCCAUCAUUGAAGAGCCCCAAACACAAUCAAAGCCUAAUGUUAUAGCAAGAGCGUAUAGACAUUUUAGUGAGCGUCAACAGUACUGGUUAGAUCGGGCCACACCCCACAACACAGGAAGAUGGGUUUUUUCAGUUGUCCUGGCAGCCCUGUAUCUACUCAGAGUCUAUCUUCUCCAGGGCUGGUAUAUAGUAACAUAUGCACUCGGCAUCUACCUGUUGAAUCUAUUUAUAGCUUUCCUUACACCAAAAAUAGAUCCUGCUCUUUUAGAUGACAAUGAUGAUGGUCCGUCAUUGCCAACGAAAGCAAAUGAAGAGUUUCGUCCUUUUAUGAGAAGAUUACCAGAAUUUAAAUUUUGGUACUCUGCUUCCAAGGCCAUAGUGGUGGCAAUGAUAUGUACAUUUUUUGAUGCACUUAACAUCCCUGUAUUCUGGCCCAUCCUCGUCAUGUAUUUCAUCAUUCUGUUCACCAUUACCAUGAAAAGGCAGAUAAAACAUAUGAUAAAAUAUAGGUAUCUGCCAUUCAGCCAUGGAAAAGCAAAAUACAAGGGCAAGGAAGAUUCUGGCAAAGUUGUCUCCAAUUAAAUACACCAGACAAUACAGGGAAGGACAUCGUUGGGUCAUCACCCCAUCGACUGUAGAGACCAUCGGUGCCAUGAUCUGUUCCAACAAAUGUGUACAGAACUUUUAACUGUUGUCAUAGUCAAAUGAAUUUGAUGUCCUGGAUGUUCUCAUGAGGAGAGUUUGAAAGUUGUACAUAGAGCUUGUGAGUUAUCUCCCCAGGGUACGUUGUAGUUACCCCCACUGUUCAUGUUAUGGUUGGACAAUGUACAAGGUUAAAGUCCUUGUGAUUUGUUUGCUUUUAGAAUGGAAAAGUACAAAAAUAAAUAUCAGGUUCAACAAUGGCUGUUUCUGUUUUGAAAAUUUUAAAAAAAUAUACUUGAUCAAUCACCUUGCAGUGUUUUUUGUUCUAUUCUUACACAAUCACCAUGUAAAGUUUUACUUUAAGGAUUACGCUCAAGUUUGCUAUUUUGUUUCUUGAAAUGUUGAUAUACCCGUACAAGCUUGUUUUUGACAGAAUAUGUUGCAAUUUAGUACAGGGACAUGUACCCUGUAAUGAAAAUCAGGUAACUUCUCAAUCAGUGUGAUUGGUGUGUUAUUCAUGAUGUAACAAAUCUAUGAUGCCAUUUGUGUCAUGAUACAGAUCAGUCUUGUGCUACGAUCGUUGAUCCAAUAAAUAUGUCUUCUUUUAUAACAUUCAUAGCAUAUGGAGGAGCAACUCUAAUGAGAAAUAUCCACUUGAUAUAUAAAACAAUCAUUCUUUAAGCAUCUGUUUUUAAAAUAGAUGAGCAGAUAUAUUUGGGAUGCUAUUAGUGUGAAAAAGCUUCAAUAUUGGCUCAGUACAUUGUAUAUAGUCCUAUUUAUGUCAGGUUGUUUGAUGCUCAAAUGUAGAUAAAAAAUUAAACAUUUUCAGAUGUAAUUGUCAUUUGAUCUUUUAAUGGGAAGAAGUAAUGCAACAGUAAUAACCAGAGUUUCUGUAAGUCUUAUGAACAAUGAAUGGUAACAUGCUCUGUUGAUGAACUGAGGGAAGGCAAACUGUAUGUAGUGUGUAUCUGAACAUUUUCAUGUAUGUUUUGUAAAUGGAUGUACAAAUGGGACUGCUCUGUAUCGUUGACCAUUGGUUCAUCCUACCAUGUGAUGUGGUGAAUCCACAAAAUAUCCAUCCUUUAUACCACUAGUAAUCAGAAAUAAUGAGUAUGUAGUUUAAGAUCUUGAGAAUCAAGGGAAUGUAUCCCCGAGUUUGUGAAGGUUUAGUAAAAAUACAUGCCCCAAAGGAUGUCAAAUUUCACCCAAUUCCCUUUUCAAAAUAUUUCCAGCCACGAGCAUGAAUGGUGAUUGUCCUGUUUUUCAUCCUACUUUGCUGUGAAAUUACCACAAACCAUCACAUUAACCAGAGAUAACACUGUAUAGACACAAGCACUGAGAGAGCUGAUCCAGUUUGAACAUUCACAUUGAUGUAGGUCCGUGGCUUGCUGUUAUAUAAUAACCAUCCAAGUACGAGGACAGCAAGUGUGCAGUAAUCUCUCCAGGAUUUACCUCGCAUUCCAUACUAAGUGCCCUUGGCAGGCAAAUUAGGAUAUAAAUGUUAUUUUGUUCAAAGUGGGAUUAUUUUUAACAUUUAUAUUUUCUUAUAUUCAGAAUACUUUACUAUUGCUUUCUGUGUAGUAGUAUGAAGCUUAAGAACCUUUUCCAAAGGUCCUCUUAUCAGUGAAAUACCAGUGUCUGCAAAAGUGUAAGCUGCCCGAGGAAAUGUAUUUGUCCGAAGUAUACUCUGCUAAUUAGAACUGCAAGUAUAAAGAUAAGCUGUAUCCAAGAAAAAUGUUUCAACAAUUCUCAUUUCAUCAUGAUGCAUCAUUAACUACAGAGUUAUGUGAUGCAUGAAAAAUCUAAAUUUGUCUUCAUACAGGUCCAUAUUCUAUAAAGGAGCUAUAUUCUGUCAAUAAGCAGCAUAUUUUUGUCUUAAAUCACAUAUUCUGAAGCUAAUUGUCCAAAAUACUGAUUCUUCAGUAAAGGGUGAAAAGGACAUGUCACUUUUUAUUCAGUGUGUCAGUGAUUUUAUUGCCAAAUUCUUUUUCAUGUUAUCUUUGAACUGACAUGUUUGAUGAAUGGUUUUGUAUCAAAGACCAUCAGUGUGUUUCCAGUUGAAUAAUAUAAAGUGUUUCUCCCUUGUAGAUCAGAGAAAAAUGAUACCAGGAGACAUUUUUUCUUUUGUGCAGCCUCACUAGAUUCACUAGGUUCCAGUUCUUGAUAAAAAAAGUAGAAAGCUUAGUAAUAUAUACACAUAUGUAUGUCUAGUCAAGAAACUGAUUUUAUAGUAAAGUUUAAUUUUGAUUUUAAUUUUUAAUGUAAUUUUCGCUUCAUAGAAAAUGUGAAUGUAUCCUCUUUCACAAUAUAUGUAGAUAGAUAUUGGUAAUAUCGGCAAUAGAAAUUAGCCUGGAAUGUCUUGUUGGCACAGACUAGCAUGUUAGUAAUACCUUCUAUUCCUGGAAUAGAUACACGUUUCUUUGAGUAGAUGUACGUUUCUAGUUGCUGCUCACCCAUAACCGGUUUUUAGGUUGAUGUUUAGAUAACCAGAUCUGAUAUUUUGGUGAAAUAUCGAGACCAUUGUAAUGGGAGAUGAGAAUCCCAGCUGUUUGAUUGUAUGUGUGUAGGUACACCACGGAGGCCAUGCUUUCAAAUGUCUCAGAUCUGCCAUCAAACUAUGCAUCAUCACUGUUUCCUGCAGAAAGAAAAUAUACUACACAUAAGAAGUUAAGGAACAAGACGUUAACUCUGGUUUUAAAGAAUCAGAUGUUCUUAACUUCCUUUGAGCGAAAUGUUUUCAGAGAUACUGUUCAGAUUAAAAUGUUUAGAUUUGUGUGUUCUAGGAUACCAUUUGAAGAGUCAGUAAAUGUUGAUUGUUUAGUGGAAUGUUUAGGGAUUAUGUAAUGUAGUGUUACUAUACAUGAUGAUCUGGUGAAAAAGUACAAUAUUCAUGGAUAUUGUCUUGUAUUUAUGUUCAAUAAAUGUAAGAAAUUUGAGAUGAUUCAGGAAAUACAGUAUUUACAUCAAAAAUAUUAUUUUGGGUGAACAAGUCAUUAACAAGUGGUAACAGGCUUGCGUGUGACAGACGAUGACUGAGCCAUAUGUGUGAUCGUAUGGUUCCUGCCUCAUGUACAGAGAUGAAUGCCAUAACACAUGUACAUAAACAUCACUAAUAUCAGAUUAUAAAAUAUUGAUAUCUGA